UCUCUCUCUCUCAGUGCUCUGGGAUCGCCGCAGAGUUUAGUUCUUGGACGUAAUUCAAAGUUUUUUGACGUUUCUCCUCGGCAAGGCAAAUAAAAAAGAGCUCUGCUUCUCUCCUUAAAGAAAAUAAAACCGAAUUGUGUAAAUUAAAUUGCUGCAAAAGAAAUAAAAAUAUAUAUAUAUAGAGAAAGAGCGAAGAUGGUGAUAUUUUGUUUGUUAACAACAAGUGGCUUUUUAUUAUAAUAAUUAUUAUUAUUAUUGUUGUGCGUGCUUGACCAGAGAGUUUUUAUUAUCUGUUUUCUUACGUAUUUGAUUUUUGUGUGUGUGUUUUUGUUGUUGCCGUAAAUCGACCUUUGCGAACCUAACGUCGUAACCAGCAAAAAAAAAAAACCAACAACAACAACUGGGCAGCUAAUAAUAAUUAAGCAGCGUGUUUUGAGACAAGCCAGCGCGCGUGUGUGUGUGUGACUCUGAGGGUGUGGUGGUAUGUGAGUGUCGACUAAUUGUCAACAGUCCACAAAUUGCAGGCGAGCUAGCCAAGAGAUACGCGCUCCUAUCCCUCAGAUACUACUCAGUCCUUCGGUAUUCCAAAGCCCACCAAAUCCAUAUCAAAAUCGAUAUCCAUGCUUCCCGAUCAUCCGAUCGGCCACCAGUAAGGCCAACUUCAUGUGGCGAUGGCGAAAAAGUGCGAAAACUGCUAACUGUGCAAUCGAGGGGGCAACGCGAUCAGGUAGAGGAACACAAACACACAGAAAUACAUAUACAUACAGAGAGAGAAAGAGAUUUGCUUUUCCAUGAACGGCGCCUGAAGGAAAUACCUAUUUGGUUUUGGGAUUUUGGGGAAUUAUCUCCGAACAAUCAGCCAUGCUGAUGACGCACACGAUGACGAAGCGCAAGACGCUGAUCUUUGCCUGCUUCGGGAUCGCCCUGGGCCUGUGCAUCGGCACCGUGCUGAAGAACUACCGGGCGUUGGAGUACGUGAAACGAUGCAGUUUGCGUCCCACAAACCUCAAGUCACCGGCGGAGAUUAUUGGGCUGCGGGAGGAGGACACCAUCCAGAACUCGCAGCGGAAUCUGGUCUUUGUGGGCGUAAUGACGGCCAAGAGCUUCCUGGAGGGCAGGGCGCGAGCCGUGUACGAUACGUGGGGCAAGGAGGUGCCCGGCCGGAUGGCUUUCUUCAGCUCCGAGGGCAGCUACUCGGACGACCUGCCAGUGGUGGGGCUGCGCAACGUGGACGAUCGAUAUCCGCCGCAGAAGAAGUCCUUCAUGAUGCUGCACUACAUGUACGAGCACUUUAUUGACCGCUUCGAGUGGUUCAUCCGGGCCGACGACGAUGUCUACAUGGAGCCCGAUAAGCUGGAGCGCUUUCUGCGUUCCAUCGACAGCUCCAAGCCGCAGUUCAUAGGCCAGGCGGGCAAGGGUAAUACCGAGGAGUUUGGCCUGCUCUCCCUGGAGUUUGACGAGAACUUUUGCAUGGGCGGUCCGGGGGUGAUCCUCAGCAGCGAGACGCUGCGCCGCGUGGCCCCACACAUUCCAACUUGUUUGAAGAACCUCUAUAGCACCCACGAGGAUGUGGAGGUGGGCAGGUGUGUGCAAAAGUUUGCCGGAAUACCAUGUACCUGGAACUAUGAGAUGCAGUAUAUAUUGCGUCACAACUCCAGUGGCCGGAAUGCGUACACUGGAAAGCUGAAAAGAAAGGAGAUCCACAAUGCCAUUACCCUGCAUCCCAUUAAGCAGGCUCCACUUAUGUAUAGACUUCAUUCCUACGUGCAGGGUCUUAAAGCCGAGGAGAUGCGUCAGGAGUCACUGCUUCUGCAUAGAGACAUCAAGCGUAUGGCCAAGUACCUAGAGGUGCCGGACGAGAGCACCUACAUGCUGCCCAGUGCCUCGCCCGAAAGCGACACGGGCAAGCGGCAUUUCCAGGAUCACAAUAUAUUGGGCAUCAGCCCGGAACUAAAUAAAUUCGUGCCCGGCAGCACCGAUGACCUGCUGGACUGGUCCUUCAUUGCCCGCAGCCUGUACUCGGCCAGCUCGGCGAAUCCCAAGCAGAAGAUCGACUCGGCCAUGAGGGAGGGUCUCGAGGAUGUCAUUACCGAGGUGAUGGAGAAUAUCAACAACUAUUCGCGUCAGCGUGGGCGUGUCAUUGAGUUCCGGGAGCUGCUCUAUGGCUACCAUCGGCUGGAUGCCUUGCAUGGUCAGGAUCUGAUUUUGGAUCUGCUGCUCAUCUACAAGAAGUAUCGCGGCAAGAAGAUGACGGUGCCGGUACGGCGACAUCUCUAUGUGCAGCGCGCCUUCACUGGGAUCUUUGUCAAGGAGUUUGAUGAGGACUUUUACAAUGUCACCCUGCAGCAGAGUCUCCUGGGCAGCUUGUUCCAGAAUGGCAUGGCCCGACUGAGCAAUCACUUUACCAUGCCCAGCGGCCUGCUGCCGCCGACGCAGGACAAGAUUGUGUUUGUCCUGCCCAUUGCCGGACGCCUGGGCACUUUUGAGCGUUUCCUGGGCACCUACGAGCGUGUCUGCAUCCGGGAACAGCAGCACUGUGACCUCCUGGUGGUGAUCUUCGGCUCGCCGGACGAGCUGGGCGAUCAUUUGCAGCUGCUGCACGAUCUGCACGCUCGCCAUGUUUACCAGCAGGUGAAUUGGAUCCAGCGCAGCAGCACCUUCUCACGUGGCGUGGCCUUGGAUGUGGCAGCACGCUCCUCUUAUAUACGGCAGGAGGACAUCAUUCUGUUCAUCGACGUGGAUAUGGUGUUUGAAGUGGAAACCUUGCAGCGAGUCCGGAUGCAUACGCAGCGCGGCAAGCAGGUCUACCUGCCCAUUGUGUUCAGCCAGUACGAUCCGCAGAGGCGUGGCAGUGGAUCUGGGGGAGCAGGAUCAACGGAUGAGGAGUCGGAGUCGCCGCGAAUCGACGAUGAGAGCGGCUAUUUCCGGCAAUAUGGUUUUGGCAUCUGUGCCAUCUACAAGUCGGACAUCCUCGAUGAGGACAUCAAUGGCUUCGAUAAGGACAUCACCGGCUGGGGCCUGGAGGAUGUCAAGUUUCUGGAGAAGAUUGUGCGCGUGGGCACACGGCAGCGUGGCUUUCUCACCAACACCGCGGAGCUGCCCUUUGACUACAACGAGGCCGCCGAGCAGUGGCGCCGGCUGAGCGUGUUCCGUGCCCCGGAUCCCACGCUGGUCCAUAUCUACCAUGACAUUAGCUGCGACAUCCAGUUGGAUGCGCCGCAGUACAACAUGUGCCUGGGCACCAAGGCCAACUCCCUGGGCAGCACGCGACUGAUGGAGCAGCUCUUCCACAGCAGUCCGCAGAAUGUCCAGUUUGCUGCCGACUUUAACCGCCAGAAGCAACAGCAGCAGCAGCAGCAACAGCAGGCCAGGUGAUCCGGUCCCAUCUCGAUCCCGAUCCCGAUCCCUAUCCAGUGAUCCCGCCAGCGUUCCUGCCACAUAGUAUUCCCAGCCAGCAUUUAAGCACACUUUUCGAGCCACAUUCGAGUCUUUGUCGACUCCUCUAUCUGAUUAUAUUCUAUGGAUAUCUUAUAUAGUCACAAAGGCACUCUAGGAGCAUCCAGUAUCCUGGAUAAAUAGUCGGAAUUCAAUCCAAAACCAUGUCAGAAUCUGGAUUAUCUUGGGCUUCUUCAGCCCGAUUUUAAUCCCUUGAUAUAUUUGUUUAAUUUAAUCACGAAUAGUCUUUAAUUGCUAAAUCGUAAAUAUUAUUAAAUUUCGGUUUUGUUUUACUUAAACUUUCUAAGGAAAGAUUUUUUUUUUUGUAUACUGUUUUAGGUUAGAAAUCGUUAUUUAAUCAUAGCAUAUUUCUUAUAAAUAAUAAAUUCUAUAAUCAUACUCACAUUUC